AUGCUCGCGAGACUCCCUCCCGAGCUCGUCCUCGAGACGCUCUCGUACCUACCGGCCCAGUCUCUGCGUUCGCUGCAGCUCACCUGCGCCGCCUGGUAUAGUUUCAUUCGUGCGAACGAGUCCCUGAUCUACCACAAAGCCGCUCUGGUCCACCGCUUUGUGGACUCGUUCGAGGCGGAUCUCCCUAAAGCCAAAGCGGCGUUUGCACGAAAGUAUGUGGAAGGGGCCGCGGAUUGGAAGGCAUUUUGCGGAGACAGGUUCCAGCUGGAGAAUAACUGGUUAGGCAGGGGUCCGUCGACUAUCCGGACUGUCGCUGCCGCAGGUUCGUGGGUCCAUCGUAUUAAAAUCGAUGAGAACGAGGGCUUUGCCAUCACCACAUACGCCGUCGGAGGGCUAGCGGUAACUGACCUUCGCGAGGGAGGCGGCGUCCUCUGGUCACUGGAGCAGAACUACGUCCGCCCCUACGCCCAUUGCGAGUAUUCCAACGGAUUCCUCGUCUUCGACCAACUCGGCGGAUUCAAGGAAGUCUGGUGCCUCGAGUCCAGACAGCCUCCCGACACGUACCCCGAGAGAUCGCCCCCUGAUGACAGACAGCACCUGGCAGCGCUGCGUGCCAGCUAUUUCCACCCAAACGACAGCGACCGCGGUCGUUUCAGACCAUGGGCGCUACUGCACAUGCCCACAAUCACCCACGCCUUCCGCUUCGUGUACCCAACCCUCCUGGUGGCGAGCCAGAACGAAGCGUACCUAUUCGACAUACCCACCGGGACGCUUGUGCAGACGAUCGACAUCUCUGCGCCGAGCCCGCAUGGCCUCCGGGAGCUGAGCUAUGUCGAACUGAGCGCGGAGCACGUCUUCAUCUGCUGGAAAUUUGCGAUAAACAUCUUUUCGAGGCGCGACGGGUCACUCGUGCUGAACAUACCGAUAAGAGACGCACAGGAUAUUGGUAUGUUGCUGACAGUCGAUACACAUCAGUUCCCUACAAGUCCGGGGGUCCCGAAUGCUGCAAUCGCUCCUCUGGAAGCUGUUUCUCGAUAUUAUGGUCCAGGGGCAGGGUGCAGCUUGAUAGAGGAGUUUGUUGCAGUCCAUGUCUCUGCAGAUGGACGCACCCUCGCGGUCCUCGGAAAUCCAGAGACAUUGCUGUUAAUUCCAGAUUUCACGCGUAUCGCACGGAAAGAAGUGCCUCUGGCUCUGAGCUCCGCCAGAAUCGAUUUCACUGACCACGGGGAUUCCUUGUACCAUGCCUUUGAGAAUGGGAAAAUUGGCUUGGUCAUGUGCACUGGAAUCUACGUUGUAACGCUCGACUCUACCUAUCACGGUGUUGGUCCUCCGAUGCCUUUGCCAGAGUCUAACGAGGAUUACGGUGGAGCGGAAGACCCACCCGAAUGCGGAUUCGCGUUCCCGAAUCUGUAUAUCUGUUGCGCCUUAGGGUUCGAGGAUAUACGGCUCCUGAGCCAGAUCGACUGCCUGCAAAUGACUGACACCGGGUUAUAUUUCAUAUGGGAGGAAUCGCAGAUACCUCGGCCCGUGACCAUCGCUUUAGCAGAGGACUACACAGACGGAACGGGGGAAGCCGCGCAGGCUGAUGCUCCGCAAAUUGAGGAGGAAGAGUUUGGAUUAGAAGAUGACGAGGAUGAAGCGAUGAUUAACCAGGAUGGCCAAGUUCCCCAGCUGCCUAUACUCACCUUUAUUGACUUUGCUGUUCGACCGUCUCCGUAA